AUCAACCACGCCUCCAAUGUUGAUUGAUCCUUGUCGUCUUCAAGGUAUUCCAUGCAGCAGCACUGAUACAGAUCGCAAAGCACACUACCAACUUGCCCAACGGGCAUUUUCCUGAAACAAUUUUAUGCGUGCAUCAGCACAGGAAACAGUCGAUUCCACAUCAGAGUCUAGAUCACGCGUUUACAAGCUCACUGAGGUGAAUCACCACGCGUGCCUCGUGAGAGUGGAUUUCGACCUCACCUGCGCAAUCGCCCAGAGAAGUCUAGAUUUGUGCAAUCGAUAAGGCCACAACAGAGGACCUACACAUGGCGUCGGCGGACCACUCCACCACCACCACAACAAAUCUCGCCCAGCACACCUCACAACGGCGAUCAGCACCACGAGAGCCGUCAUCACAACCACAACAACAACCGCAGCAGCAACCGCCGGCGCCGCAGCCGCUGCCAACCCGCCAUGUUCAGCUCACGCCGGGCCCACGCGCCGCCGGAUUCCAGAACCUGCUGGACAAGUCGCUCGAGUCGACGCUGAAGAAAGUCAGCUGGGACAACCUUGCGGCAUGCUACCCGACGAUAGCGACGCAGGCGCCCGCGACGCUCAAGGCGGUGCAGAAGCAGAUGGUUGAGAGGUUGGGGACGCUUUGCAGGAGGGAAUUCCAGUCCAUCUUUGAGCAGCGGCAGGUCGUCCCCAAACUCAACGAGUUGGAAAGCCUGAUCAGCGAAGCGUCGAGGCGGAAAGACGAGGCUGGCAUGCAGGGCAUAGAUGAGGCGCCUGUCCCGCCACAUACGCUCCCCGCCGAGCAGGUGUUUGCCGCGCAUCUGGCGCCGCAUCUGAAGCAGCAGCAGUCACAGCUCAACGCGAAGCUACAAACUGUGCAGGCACACAAUGCCAGGCUCUUCGACGGGGUGCAGAGGCAGAGGGUCGAGGUGGAGUCGCUGAUGCAGCUGCUGGAGAAGACGAUGGAGGAUAUUGACAGUGCGAGCCAGAUGAUGGACGAGGUCGCGGACGAUCUGGCCCGGGAGACCAGGACGGUGGAGGUGGAGAUUGCGGGCAAGUAG